CUUGACCCACCACACUGUAACUCAAAUAUGUCGAGCAGAGCAGGAGGACUUUACGGAGGAAUCCAGUUCUCUGGCGGUUCUGCUGCAGUGACUGCUUCUAUAUCUCAAUCAGAAAAGCCGAAAGAGCCUUCUUCAGCACCCAUAUCCCAGCAACUACCUCAAGAAGAAGUCCAGUCAACAGCAUCAACAACUUCUCCAGACCCCUCCCCAGCUGGUGGAGGAACGAAGUCUACAGCCGGUACUCCUUCGUGCUACACCUUUCCUAUUUACAGAGCUUUAUUGAAUUCUUUUUUAUCGAUAUUCUCCGUCUACUUCCAAAGGCUGGUCUGCUGCUCUGGCAUUUGCACCAGUUAGGCGUAAUCAGGGACAAAAAUCGAAGCAUGCGACCCCAAGACUUCCAGCAGGCGUCUCUCUCGCCAAUAGAGUGGGAAAUUCAACUCCUUCUACCUCAACAAUUUCUUCGACUGCAGUAGUAUUCGCGCCACCAACUCUGGUCAAAAACAGUAACCGCAACACCACGACGCCGAAACUUGUUUCGGAAGAACCACCUCAGCAACAAGCUCAGGGAUGGGGUAAGAAGGUUAAACCACCUUCUAUGGUCCUGGAUGAAGACGUGAACGGGUACAAGGCAUCACAGAAGAGGAAAAUAGGGAAGGGAAAGGGAAAGAAGAACAAGAAUGCGCCGGUCGUCGUCGCCUGGGACCCAUCAGAGCCUUAUGACUUAUUGCGACCGAAUGAUUACAAUGAAUACAAGAUCUGGAAGCAAAAAGAACGAAUUGAACGAAGGGAGCGUCGAACCGAAGAGCUACGUUCAUCUAAGAGGAGUCGUUAUAGCGAUUGCUCUGACAGUGAAGGAACACCCUCUGAUGAGAACCGUCCCCCGCGAAAAUCAGGAAGAUUCGACGAGCAUGAGUCUUUCGAUCGUUGGUCAAGAGCAGAUGACAAGAAAGCUUUCAACCGUGACAGAUCUCGCAGUCGAACUCCAGUUCCUUCACAUUCUCCAGUCCAGAUGGAUCGCAAUCUCACGGGUGACGAAGCCUACCAUCGACGUCUACAGAUGUCGAGGGGUGGAGGUAGCUCCAGUAGAGCUCCAGAGACGGUGGCAGAUUCUGCCACCGUUUCACCGCCUACGCUCUCGAAGAACGACGACGAAUCUGAUAGUAUUCCAGGCUUGUCUUCACCUCCGCCACCUCCUCUCGCUGUUCCUCCUCCACAACGUGUUGAAAGUGGGGAAGAAGCUUACUUGAAGGGCAUAGCCGUUGAUCAUCGAACCGCCCACCCACCAUCUCCACCCACACUGGCUUACAAUCCUUUUGCUCCGCCAUCCAUGGUCCCUCCUCCUCCUUUGGAAGGUCCGCCUGCUAUGGCUGUAGGGAUUGAUGAGAGAGUCAAGGCUGCCGCUGCAAUCGCUGCCAGAUUAUCUGCCAUGAAGAACCCAACCGCUGCAUCGAUGCCCCCAACUUCGGAUGAAUUUUCCUCGGUCAACGCCCCGGACACUGGCACUUCUUCCCAAAGCUUCGCUGCCCGGAUGAUGGCCAGAUGGGGUCAUAAGGAAGGCCAAGGCCUUGGGGUGGAUGGGUCUGGAAUUGUAAACGCGCUCACCGUCGAACAAGUGAAAGCUGGAGGAAAAGGAAAAAGUCAUCUAGGUGGUAACAAGGGCGCGGGGGUUGGAUCCGGUAUGGGCAAGAUAAUCAAUAACAACGAAGACGCGAGAACGAAAGAAGACAGAAUGCGGUUUGGGGACCCGAGCCGCGUUGUGAUGCUUACGAAUAUGGUUGGUCCUGAGGACGUUGACGACGAGGAUUUAAGGGAAGAAAUUGGUGAGGAGUGCUCCAAGAACGGUGUUGUGGAACGCGUGGUGGUGCAUUUGGUCAAUCCACCUCCGGCCAACAAAGAAGAGGCAGUGAGAAUCUUCGUCUUAUUUGGAGGACCAGCUGGUGCUUGGAAAACGGUUCGGGAAUUGGAUGGUCGAUUCUUUGGCGGAAGAACUGUGAGAGCGCGGUAUUUUCCAGAACGGUUCUUCCACCAGCAAAAUCUAGAUAUUGUGUUGUGAUACUUGGUAGUUUCGUGAAUAUUCUGUGUACGUACAUACGUACGUGACGUUAUAGACCACGUGACUGAA